CAGUGCAGGUAUAUUUUCCCUUUACCUGUGCUCAGUGAUGCAAAUCAGAACAAAAGACCUACAACAGUGUUGUCCUGAGCAAUAGUGUCAACCCUUCCACGACACCCGACUCCAAUAAUCGAAAGGGCGUGUUUAGUUAAGGCAUUUGCAUGUGCAAAAGGGACGCAGUGCACGCCUUGGGUGUGGUAGACGCACGACCACGAACAGUUUUGAAGCAAGACUCGUUUCAUCUCCUGAACGGUAGAAAGAAGAGAAAAUUAUGUGAUGGGAAUAUCAAAUGACGCUUCUGACGAAACAUCAUCGCUGUGUAUUGUAGGGAAGGUGCCCCCAGAAUGACCCUUUGACAACUCUCGAGAGGUGUUUUAAAGUCAAAGAGUGAUAGAUAGUGUUCUAGCUCUGGACAAGAGAAAUUAUGUCCGAAAAUCAAGGCAAUGAACCACCUAUGCAGGCCGGGUUGUCCCAGGGAGUGGUCACAGCUUUAGCAAUAGGGUGCAGCGUACUCUUUGUCCUGCUUGUUAUUAUUAUUAUUCUGGUCAUAAUACUCAGGCGAAUGAAAAAUAACAAAGACGAGACACAAUCAAGAACAGAAAAAGCACAAUCAAAAGCAGCGGAGGAAGACGACCGAGGUCCGCUUGAUGUGACAGACGUAGCACAAUUUGAACCAUCGAAAGGAAAACAACUGACACAAUCGGGUGCUGAACUCGAUCCCGAGUCAAUUUUUGUUGAAGAUAAGGAAUUUAACAAAAUUUCAGACAAGGACACCGGCGAGGCGGAAACCGAAAAAGAAGUAAAGAGGGAAAACGGCACAGACGCAGUGAAGGCGAACACAAAAAAUGAUAUCGAUAAAAAACGAGAAAGCCAGACUUCGUCGAAAAACAAACCAAAGAAAUAUAAGGCACCCAUGCCAAAAGUGGAAGUUGAACUUAAUGAUGAAAGUAAAGGAUCGUCCGGCAACGAUGUGAAAUAUAAAGAUGCCGAAGAAUAUUACGCUAAUUCUAAAUAUGCGAAAUUUGCAGAGUUCAAGGAAGCCUUCAGGGAACAUAGAAGAAGCCGACACAGAAGCAUGGAGGCUGAAAAUAGACCUUCAAAGAAAGAGCGGCAUGGUAAACGCAAAAGAAAAAGCAGACGAUCGGAGACAGAUGCCUAUGACAAUGCGGCAUUUAGUGGCGAGCUGAAGGAGAUGAAUCCGGAUGAAGAUUUGGUUUUCGUUAGUCCUGACUCUGAGGUUUAGCGGUCUAAGUUCAACAAAUGGAUUGUCAGAUAUAGCGAAUGCUUUUUACCAAAAAAUAUAUACACCGCAUCACACGAAGAAACGAAAGGCAUGUUUAGAACUGAAACAAUGCUGGUGACGUCUUGCACAGCAAUCUGCACAACUCACUGCCAUUUGCCGUAUAGGUCCCUAUACAUUAUCACAUUAUGUCAACGUUACGUCAUAUUAUCACAUUUCAAAACUUCACUUAGCAUACAUUGUUACUAUGUGAAGAAACUGUGAAGAUAAACACAUAUUUAACCCUAUAUUCACUCGGCAUUCUCAACAAACUACUCAUUUUUUAGCGAAUGUGAUUUAGUUCGACCUUUAAAAAGACAAUAAUGCGAUAAUUUUUUUAAUUGAUAAAACGCUUGCUAUUACGCACACAAAAGAAAGAUUAAUAUAAAAGAAAUGUUAUAUUGUGCCACCCUGAUAUUCAGUAAAGUGAUGAGGUCUCUUAUCUGUCGAGAACAUGUUUAGAUGAAACAUUCUAAUUCUAAGACAAACAUCUAAAGGUAAUUUUCAUCUACCCAUUUAAAGGAGAGGUGCCAAUAAACCCUCACACUCCGGGUGCAUAUUGGGUACGAAUGCCAUCAAAAAACAAACUGCAAUAGAAAAAGCGUGAGUGUGCCUUAAUCUUUCUUUCAAUAUGUCAUUUAUCAACAGUGUCAACAUGGACAGCGUAAGAUUAAGAGCAAGUGUAAUAUUCUGUAUGACAGAUGAAAACAUAAAGAUGAUAACAUUUAUUAAGUUUUGAAGGACGUUUUCUAUCUUAUGCUCACACAUGUCGUGAGCGGAAAUGGCUUAUUUCUGAUUAUUGUAAGACGUCCGCAUGAGUUUUUUUGGGGCGAAUCCUCUAUAUUUAUAUUUAUAUAUGACCAUCACG